AUGAGAUUUAUUUAUGCAAUUAUUUUUAAAUUUAUUUUAUUAUUUUCCGUAAAAGGAAAAUUAGAUUUGCAUUUGUUUCAAAAUUUAAUUGAUAUUGAUAUAGAGUUUAUUAAUAUUAAUAAAAACAACAUAAAAGUGAAAUAUGUAAAAAAUUAUGAUACUUUAGUAUAUGAAUAUAUAAAUAAAUAUAUAAAUUUAAAAACAAAUUAUGUUGAAAUAACUAUAAAAGGAAAUUUAAAAAAUUUAAAUGAAGAUUCUGUUGAAAAUUUUAUUUUUUUAUUACCAUAUCAUGAAGCUUUUCAGGCAACAAAUCUUUAUGUAAAAGAUGAAAAUAAAAAUAAUUUAAAUUAUAAAGUAUUAAAUAAGAUAGAAGACAUUGAAUUAAUAAAUAUAGAUCAAUUUAAUUAUGAUUUUGAUAUAGAAGGAUUUAAAGUUAAAAUAUAUGAAAUUAUAUUGAAUAAAAAAUUACAAAAAAAUGAAAAAGUCCUUGUAGAAUUCUUUUAUAUUUUAGGUCAACCAUAUUAUCCAUUUCCUGUUAAUAUAAAUAUUUUAGAAAAGCAAAAUGUUUUAUUUUAUAUAUCAUCAAAAAUUCUAUUACCAUAUAAUGUAGAAAAAACAGAAGAAAUAAAAAUAAGUUUGUGUAAAAAAUGUACAAUAGUUAAAAUGGAGGAUGAAAAUUUUAUGAAAGGAUUUCAAAAAUUAAGUGAUGAUAUUUAUGUUAAUAAAAAAAAAAAUAAUUUAAAAAGUUUUUCAUUAGGUAGCAAAGUUUUAUUUUAUUUUAUAUUAGAUCAUAAUUUAGGAUACUUUGAGAAAGUUAUAAAAGAUAUAAAAAUAUCUCAAUUAGGUUUUAUAUAUGAAAAAGAAGAAUAUUUUUUAAAAAAUAAUUCUGCUAAAAUAAAUAAAUUUGAUAGAUAUCUGCUAAGUGAUUUAGAAAAUAAAUACACAUCUGAAGAAUCAAAUGAAAAGGAAUCAAGCAUUAUUUAUUCAUUGGAAUCUUUAAUAAAUUAUGAUAUUUAUGAAUAUAAUUAUUUCGAUGAUUUAGGUAAUAUUUAUUUAAUUAAAGGGGAAGAAUUAUAUGAUAAAAAAAAAAAUAAAAAUGUUAUAAAAUUUUAUUUAAAACCUAGAUAUCCUCUUUUAGGAAACUGGACAGCUCAUUUUUAUAAUUCAUUUUCUCAUUAUUCAAAUUUAUAUAAAAUUAAAAACAAAAAAAAUUAUUAUGCUUAUAAAAUAGACAUAUCACCAUCAAUCAAAUCUUUUUAUAUAAAAGAACUAAAUAUUAAAAUUGCAUUACCUCUUUAUUCAAAAGAUAUUAUUAUAAAUAGAAAUUAUAAUUUAAAUAUUCAAACGAGCAAAAAAAAAGAAUGGCUUGACUUUUUUUCAUUUCGAGAUGUAAUUGAAAUCCAUGUUGAAAAAUUUUUUCCUAAAACUGAUGAAAAUAAAUAUAAACAUUUUCUUGUAAUAUAUAAAUUCAAAUUAUUUAAUAUUUUUUUAAAACCACUUAUUAUAAUAUUAAUAUUUUUUUUUAUUGUCCUUUUUUUAUAUUUUAUAAAAGAAUUAUCAUUCAAUUUUAAUACAGUAAAAGAACAAUUAACAAAAAAGGAGGAAGAGGAAUAUAAAAAUUUUCAAAAAAAAUGUAAAGAAUUAUAUGAAAAUUUGUCUUAUAUAUCUGAUAAAUUAAUACAACAAUUGAGUAAAAUAAAUUCAAAAGACAAAAUAAAAAACAAGGAAAAUUUAUUGAAAAUGGAAAAAAAGUGGACAUAUGAUUUUAUAUAUUUCACUAAAGAAUUUCAAAGAAAUUUUGAAAAUGCUAAAAGGAACGAAAUGUUGCAAAGUUAUAUUGAUAAAUGUUUUAAUUAUUAUUCAGUUGUUAAAAAUUAUUUUGAGUUACAAUUAUCUAGUGAUACAAAUAUUGAUUUAAGUGAUAUAAAAUAUGCAGAAAAGGAAUUAAUGCUUUUAUUAAAAUAUAAUUAG